UGGCGGCUUUGGCGGCGGCGGCGGCGGCGGCGGGGGAAGAUGCUGCAGUCCCUGGCCGGCAGCUCGUGCGUGCGCCUGGUGGAGCGGCACCGCUCGGCCUGGUGCUUCGGCUUCCUGGUGCUCGGCUACCUGCUCUACCUGGUCUUCGGCGCCGUGGUCUUCUCGUCGGUGGAGCUGCCCUACGAGGACCUGCUGCGCCAGGAGCUGCGCAAGCUGAAGCGGCGCUUCCUGGAGGAGCACGAGUGCCUGUCGGAGCAGCAGCUCGAGCAGUUCCUGGGCCGCGUGCUGGAGGCCAGCAACUACGGCGUGUCGGUGCUCAGCAAUGCCUCGGGCAACUGGAACUGGGACUUCACCUCCGCGCUCUUCUUCGCCAGCACCGUGCUCUCCACCACAGGUUAUGGCCACACUGUGCCCUUGUCAGAUGGAGGUAAGGCCUUCUGCAUCAUCUACUCGGUCAUCGGCAUUCCGUUCACCCUCCUGUUCCUGACGGCAGUGGUCCAGCGUGUCACCAUCCAUGUCACCCGCAGGCCUGUCCUCUACUUCCAUGUCCGCUGGGGCUUCUCCAAGCAGGUCGUGGCCAUCGUCCACGCCGUUCUCCUCGGGUUUGUCACCGUGUCCUGCUUCUUCUUCAUCCCGGCGGCCGUGUUCUCCAUCCUGGAGGAUGACUGGAACUUUCUGGAGUCGUUUUAUUUUUGUUUUAUUUCCCUGAGCACCAUCGGCCUAGGGGAUUACGUUCCUGGAGAAGGCUACAAUCAAAAAUUCAGAGAGCUCUAUAAGAUUGGGAUCACGUGUUACCUUCUGCUUGGCCUCAUUGCCAUGCUGGUAGUUCUGGAAACCUUCUGCGAACUCCACGAGCUGAAAAAAUUCAGGAAAAUGUUCUACGUGAAGAAGGACAAGGACGAGGAUCGAGUACACAUCAUCGAGCAUGACCAGCUGUCCUUCUCGUCCAUCGCAGACCAGGCAGCCGGCCCGAAGGAGGACCGGAAGCAGAACGAGCCUUUCGUGGGCCCUCAGUCCUCUGCCCAUCCCGAUGGCCCCGCAGGCAACUAAGGGCUUUGCCGUGUUGUCCGGGAGCAGCCGGGUGAGGGCAGCGAGCAAGACCCUUUGUCUUGUUUAUUUGUAUGAGAACGUAGAUACCAAGAUGGUAUUUGAACAAAUACCUACUGUCCAAAAUACUUACAAAAAAACAAAAAACAAAAACAAAAAAACACACAAAACCCCCCCAACAUAACAGAACAAAGGAAGCUUUUACUCUGGAGGACUGUCUAAUAUCCGAAGAAAUGGGAUGUGUACCUAUGAUUCACAUGGGACAAAAUUACCUAGACUUUACUAAUGGGUAAAGAAUACUUGAAGAAGUGAGCUGCGGUGGAGAGAAGUGGAUUUUAUACUUUUAACUGGGGACUUGGGGAUUUGCAUUUAAAUCGUUUUAGCUGAUGGCUAAAUAGAACAUUUAUAUUUAAAAGCAAAAAAAGAGAGAGAGAGAGAGAGAGGCAUAGAGAUGUGUUUUAUAAAUAAGUUUAUGUGCACCAGUCUGCAUGUGCCCAUCCAAGAUCAUUAUUUUUGUAGAAUCUAACUUAAAACUACUAUUUAUAAUGAAUAGGUUGCCAUUAACUGUGUACAAACAAGUCCAAAUAUGUUUAUAUCUUGUACAUAGAGGGUUUAGGUCACCAGAUCUCAGCAUACUUCUUAACCCAAGAUUGUAGAUACUUUUCCUUUUGAUUUCUCUUUAUACUGAAGAAUCGAGAGUUGCUACAAUAAAAUAAGGGAAAUAGUACACUUAAGAGUGAGUUACUGUCAUAUUCUACAAUAAAUGUUUCUACCCUUUGCAUUGGAAUGAUACCAGAUGUCUAAAAUGUCUGUAAGCGUUUCUCCGGAGGUGGACAAACAAUGAAGAAUAUGAUUUGUAAAGGAAGUUAUUUUGUUUUGAAAGUGCGUCGUGAUUCGUAGUCACCUAGUGCGAAAGCCCAGAUCGUGGACACAGAAGCCCGAGAUGAACAGAUGCUGGCAAAUUAAUCAGAGAGUUUUUUAAAUUUACAAGCUGACAUCAAUAAAAAUCCUAGCUGGUUGCAAUCUUUAU